AUGGUUUUACAACUACACAGAUGGGCUUACAUGCUUCAUGUUUCACAGUCUUCAGUCAAGAGACGAUUAAGGCUGUAUGGUCUAAACAUCAGACAAAGAUACUCAACUAUCACAGAUGAGCAGUUAGAUGAAAGGGUCACACAGAUUACUCGAGACAACAAUGCUCUUGGGCAGAGAAUGGUGCAAGGCAUGCUGCGAGCUGAGGGAACCCAUGUUCAGCGGCAUCGCAUAGCUGAAAGUUUGAUCAGGGUCAAUGACGUUGCAGUUGCUAUGAGGUGGUGCACAUCAAUACGGCGACGAGUGUAUCAAGUUUCAGGCCCAAAUGCAUUAUGGCAUAUUGAUGGAAAUCACAAACUUAUUAGAUGGGGUUUUGUGAUUCACGGAGGUAUAGAUGGUUAUUCAAGAGUCGUCACAUUCCUUAAAGUUGCCUUGAACAACAGAUCAGAAACAAUGCAACAAGCCUUCUUUAGUGGUACAGAUGCAUAUGGUGUGCCAUCUCGAUUGCGAUCCGAUCAUGGUUUGGAGAAUGUGGGUGUAGGUGCCUUCAUGAUUGCGCAUAGAGGAGCUAAUAGAGGUUCAUUUAUCUCAGGACGGAGCGUUCACAAUCAGCGUAUUGAAAGGUUAUGGAGAGACUUGUUUCAGUCAUGUACAACUGUAUUCAAUCGUUUGUUUCAUCACUUAGAAAGCACUCAACAGCUGGAUCUGUCUGAUAAUGUUCAGCUCUGGUGUCUACAGUAUGUUUAUCUGCCUAGAAUCCAAAAAGCCCUAGAUAGGUUUAGGGAAGCCUGGAACCACCACAAGAUGACUUCCGAGAAAGGAAGAAGUCCACAUCAACUUUUCAUUGAAGGAAUCUUUCGAACUGCUGGGAAUGGGCAACGAGGUGUGAAUGAUCUGCUGUAUGAACCGCCAAAUGAGACCCUUGACCCACCUGAAAAUGAAUAUGGAGUUGAAGAGGGAAGUGUUGUUGGAGCUGAAGAGGGACGUCUUGUUGAUGACACUGUCGCUAUAGAGCCACCCGUUGUUGAUCGACCCAUAAACAGUGAUUCAUAUGAAGUUCUUUGUCAGACCAUUGACCCGUUAGAUGGAAAUGGAUUAGGUGUAGAAUUGUAUAGCCAGGCAUUAGAAUUUUGUGUUGCUAACCGUGCAUGAUUGCCAUGUACU